AUGACUACGGUCCAAAUGACCGAUAUCAAACCUUACGAAUCCCAUGUGGAAGAUUCUAAAGAAGAAGAGAUUCUCAAGGGUACACCAGUACUGAAAUCAGAGUUGGAUAACUUAACAAGAUGGGAGACGGUCAAGCGAUUCUGGAAGGCAAUCGUAAUUUGUAAUAUGAUUUGUUUCGCUGCUGCCUGUGAUGGAUAUCAAAUCAACUUGAAUGGAAACAUCAUUGCCAAUCCAGGAUUCGUCAACAGAGUUGGCGAGAAAAACGCCGCUGGUAAAAUCGCUCUCACGACCCACGCAACAGCUACGUGGGGUGCUGUUCAGUCCUUAGGUCAAUUGGUAGGAAUGUGGCUCCUUACUCCCGUUAGUGAUCGAAUUGGUCGUAAAUACAUGUUAUACCUUCUUUGGUUGAUCCUUUUCGCCUCAAUCAUGAUUGAAACAUUCACUAAAAAUUGGUCACAAUGGGCCGCAGCCAAAUUCUUAGCUGGGACAGGUAUCGGUUGUUUACAAGCUACUUUACCAAUCUAUGUGGCCGAAUGGGCUCCGGCCAAUAUCAGAGGUGGUAUGCUCCUGGCCUACUCUGCAUGGAACCAUACCGGUGGUUUCUUUGGUCCUCUCAUCUUAUUCAUCUGUAAGAAAACAUUGGGUGAAAGCGAAUACAAAAUCCCAAUUUUAACUCAAUGGGCAUUUUUGGGUAUCAUGGCACCUAUUUUCCUUUAUCUUCCCGAAACUCCAUCAUACUACGCUGCAAGGGGAUUGCACGAUCAAGGGCUAGCCGUGCUUAAGAGAGUCAACGGCGGCGUAAAAGGAUAUAACGUCGAGGGGGAAUAUGAGAUCAUCAAGAAUAUCAUUGUGGAGGAACAAGAGAGGUUGGCAGAAUUGGGAUUGGAAGAACAUGAUUGGAGAGGUGUCUUGAGAUCUUAUGUAGAAUGUUUCAAAGGUUCAAACUUUAAACGAACCAUCGCUGCUUCUCUUCCUGCUUCAUGUCAACAACUUACAGGAUUAGCUUUCUUGUCUGGAUAUGCCUCAUUAUUCUUCAAAGAAGCAGGUUUCACAAAUGCAUUUGAAAUCACCUCGAUCCUCUUCGGUAUCAAAAUCUUCUUCGUGAUUGUAUUCGCACUCACCACCGAUCGAUUCGGUCGACGAAAUAUCGUAAUUUACCUUGCUGGACUUUGUUGCGCCAUGUUAUUGGUGAUUGGUAUAUUGGGUCACGUACCACAUAAUAACGCUACCAAGGACGUAUUGAUCGUUGCGGCAUGUUUCUGGUCAGCAGGUUCAGUUGGUCUCGGUGCAUUCGGAUGGUCAUUCGCAGGUGAAGUGGCAGCUCAAAAAUUACGUGCUAGAACUUCAGGUCUUGGGUCGGGUAUAGCAGUAAUUUUCGGAUUGACUUUCAACACAUCUGUUCCAAUCAUGUUAUUGGACGGAGGCAAAAGAUUAGGAAACAACACGUACAACACCGCUUUCAUCUUUUUAGGGUUCGGUACCCUCGUUUGGAUCUUGACUAUCUUCAUGUUACCUGAAGUCGCAUCUCGAAACCCAGCAGAAUUAGAUGAGAUGUACGAGAAGGGAAUCGCUCCUUGGAGAAUGAAGAAUUACGUUACGGAUGUUCAAAAGGCUCAUGCGGCCAGGACGGGUCAACCUAUCCCAGGUGGUCAAACCGAUGAACAAAGAUAA